UUUUUACGUUUGCCACUAAAUCGUAAAAUGGCGACCAGUGAAAUAUUUUUCGAUAAUGAUGAGACAUCUGCAAAAAUUGAAAAUAACAAUAAUAAUACCCAACCAGAAAAUGAAUUUUGGGAACGGACGCAAAAUGAGUUAGAUCAGCUUGAAAAAGACUUUCCUGAUAAUCCUGCCUUAAAUGAUUUGUCAUCAAAUCUUCCUAACGGUGCCUCAUCAACCGACCCAUUUGAUGAAGAUGACCUAUUUCCCACCGAUAAUUCUGAAAACAACGCUCAUCUUACCAAUGGCAACAACCUUAUCGAACCAAAUAACGCCGAAUUCGACUUUAACGACGAUAAUAAUCUCGGUGAAUCUCAUUCUACCCAGGGUAAACCCGACCCUUACAAAAAGAGGGGAGAUUUUAGCGCCAUCUCCAAAGAGGACAAAAUAUACAAGGAGCCCGAAAAAAUAAAAAUAUGGCGGGAAAAACAGCAAGAAAUCCUCAAAGAAAAAGAUCAAGAAGAAGAAAUCAAGAAGAAAGAGAUGAGGGAACACGCUAAGAAGGAAUUGGAAGAAUGGCAAUCCAUGUAUAAACAACAAGUGUCCAAAGCCAAAGAGAAUAAUCGGAUUCAAGAGAAGGAAUUUCAACAAAGCCACAACCGGGAAAACAUAAAAUCAAACAUUACCAGAGAAAAAAACGAAAAAACAGCUGACAUGAUCAACAAGGACAAAAAGGAAUGGGAAAAGGUGGCGUCUCUUUGCGAUUUUAAUCCUAAAAACAGUAAACACGUUAAGGACGUCACUCGAUUACGGUCGGUCAUAGUCAAGCUUAAAUCUUCCCAAGCAUCGUCUCCCCGUCAACAUGGCGCAAAAAAUACAUCCUUGCCCAAUGGCCCUCACAAUACGAACGGAGAUUUACACGGUGAUCAUGCCGACUCUGAAGACGAAAAAUCGAAUUAGCCCGACACCCUAACACAUUUCCAAACCUAUCAUAACAUACAUUACAUACACAUAUAUAAUAUAUAAUUAAAAUUAAAAUCACCUUUUAACCCCCCUCCCAAUCUCGCUUUACACCCCUUCUCUCCCUCAAGAAUAUAUUUUUCUUUUACCUUCUAGUAUAUCAGGCGGGUAUUUUAAUUUUAACUCCUUUUUCUGGAAAAAAGAAAGAAUUCGAACAAUAUUUCGCGCCAUAAAGGGGGCGUUAUUUUUUGAUUUUGAAUAGCUAAAUUUUUUUAUUUGUUGUUGUACAUAAAAUUAUAUUAUUUUGAAAAUAAAAAUCACUUGACCAACCCAAACCAACAUCUUUUUUUUUUGUAACUGAUUUAAAAAAUUUAAUAUUUAAAGAUUGGAUGUUUU